AUAGGCGUGGAGUGGGCGUGGCCUGCGCGCGGUGGGGCUGCGGCGGCGCUGCCGGCGGGGUGCGCUAGGAGCCGGCGCGGAGCCGGGGGGCUGGCAGAGGAUAGCGCGGGCGCGGCACCUGCGGGCCGGAGUGUCGGGCUGCCCGCCGCAGCGCCGGGCCGCCCCGACUCCGAGCUGCUGCUGAGAUGAGUGCAGUGUCGCAGCCCCAGGCUGCCCCCAGCCCCCUGGAGAAGUCACCCAGCACGGCCAUCUUGUGCAACACGUGCGGGAAUGUGUGCAAGGGCGAGGUGCUGCGGGUGCAGAACAAGUACUUCCACAUCAAGUGCUUCGUCUGCAAAGCAUGUGGCUGCGACCUGGCGGAGGGCGGCUUCUUCGUGCGGCAGGGCGAGUACAUCUGCACGCUGGACUACCAGAGGCUCUACGGCACCCGCUGCUUCAGCUGCGACCAGUUCAUCGAGGGCGAGGUGGUGUCGGCGCUGGGCAAGACCUACCACCCCGACUGCUUCGUGUGCGCCGUGUGCCGGCUGCCCUUCCCCCCUGGGGACCGAGUGACCUUCAAUGGGAAGGAAUGCAUGUGCCAGAAAUGCUCCCUGCCCAUGUCAGUGGGCAGCAGUACACACCUGUCCCAGGGCCUCCGAAGUUGUGGGGGCUGCGGCACAGAAAUCAGGAACGGCCAGGCCCUGGUAGCCUUGGACAAGCACUGGCACUUGGGCUGUUUUAAGUGCAAGAGCUGUGGGAAGCUCCUGAACGCCGAGUACAUCAGCAAGGAUGGGCUGCCCUACUGCGAAGCUGACUACCAUGCCAAGUUUGGCAUCCGCUGUGACAGCUGUGAGAAAUACAUCACGGGGCGCGUGCUGGAGGCUGGGGAGAAGCACUACCACCCUUCCUGCGCGCUAUGCGUCAGGUGCGGUCAGAUGUUUGCAGAAGGCGAAGAGAUGUAUCUUCAAGGUUCCUCCAUCUGGCAUCCGGCGUGUCGACAAGCAGCCAGAACUGAAGACAGAAACAAGGAAACCAGAACUUCCUCAGAAAGCAUCAUUUCUGUCCCUGCUUCCAGCACCUCAGGGUCUCCGAGCCGUGUGAUUUAUGCCAAGCUUGGUGGUGAGAUCCUGGACUACAGGGACUUGGCAGCCCUUCCUAAAAGUAAGGCCAUCUAUGACAUCGACCGUCCGGACAUGAUCUCCUACUCGCCCUACAUCAGCCACUCUGCAGGGGACAGGCAGAGCUAUGGCGAGUCCCCUCAGUUGCUCUCGCCAACGCCGACCGAGGGGGAUCAGGAUGACCGGUCCUACAAGCAGUGCCGGACCUCUAGCCCAAGCUCCACUGGGUCGGUCAGCCUUGGGCGCUACACCCCGACCUCACGGUCACCGCAGCACUACAGCCGUCCAGCUGGUACUGUGAGUGUGGGUGCCAGUAGCUGCCUCUCCCUGUCCCAACACCCAAGCCCUACAUCCAUGUUCAGACAUCAUUACAUCCCCCACUUCCGAGACACCGGCGUAAAAGAUAACAUCUAUAGGAAACCCCCUAUCUACAGACAGCAUGCUGCGAGGCGAUCCGAUGGGGAGGAUGGAAGCUUCGACCCAGAUAACAGGAAGCAGAAGCGCAGCUGGCUGAUGCUCAAGGGGGAGGCAGACACGAGGACCGACUCUCCAGACCUGGACAGCCAGUCCUUGUCCCACAGCAGCGGGCCCGACAGAGACCCUCUCCACCGGACGCCAGGGGACAGCUUUCAUGCACGAUUUCCCUAUUCCAAAUCUGACCCUCUCCCAGGACAUGGAAAGAAUGGCUUGGACCACCGGAAUGCCAAUCUGGCCCCCUGUGGAGCAGACCCGGAUGCCAGCUGGGGCAUGCGAGAAUACAAGGUAAGCGGGGCCGCUCCCACACUGACCUCCGUGCUGCGCCACACCUGCCAGGUUAAAAGUCCUUUCUCUUGUGCUUUCCCUAUGAAAUGUGUGUGUCAGGGGCAGACGCAAAUCUAUCCCUAUGACACCCUCAUCGUCACAAACCGAAUUCGGGUGAAACUGCCCAAAGACGUGGACCGGACGAGACUGGAGAGACACUUGUCAACCGAGGAGUUCCAGGAAGUGUUCGGUAUGAGCAUGGAGGAGUUUGACCGCCUGGCCCUCUGGAAGAGGAACGACCUGAAGAAGAAAGCCCUGUUGUUCUGACGGCUGCCAGCCUGCCCACUGCUGUGCGCCGGGAGCCGAGGCGAGGGGUCCCUGGCGAGAACCAUGCACGCCCCUCCCACACACCUUGCUCUGGCUUCCCUGCAUUGAUGGGGUGGGCGGGAGGGGGUUCGCAGCAGGUGCAGCCCCUGUGCCUGCCGGCAACACUCCUGCCCGUAGUUUAGGGCUGAGACAGCUAGCUUCACACCACCCUUCCCCGCUGUGGCUUGGUGUCAGGGAGAGGCUGCAAACUGGCUGCGUGGGGCAUCAGACAGAGUGCACAGGUGGCUGCAGCCCAGCCUACCUUCCCAGCAUCCUCGAGGUGCCCUGGCCCCAGUGCUAGGCACGUGGGGGACAGAGGUGCCCGGAACAUGAGCUGUGAGGCUUAUCAGAGAUGGAUACUGACACACAUCCAUCUUCAAGGAUGGGCACACAGCCCCUUUGGAGCCUGGGCAGCCUUGCCUCACAGGCAGACCCGCAGACAGGGCAGGGAGCGUCUGGGGCCGUGGCAAGAGUAGGGCUCGUGAUUUUUGCAGGCCCCUUUAGGAACAAAUGUCAGCUGACAGGCACCUCUGGCAGCGCCGCUACAUGCGCUGCGUCCCUCUUCCGGAUCACCCCCUAGAUGCCUACACAGUAUCUUUAAAGUUACACAGAAGUUUUUAUUUUAUUAAAAAGUAUAGCCUACUUAAACACGAGAUGACAUAUAUAGAGUUGGAUUUAGGGUCCCUCCACAGGGGAGCGGCCUCCAGCCUUAUUCUCCACCGCUCCCAUCUGUGUGGUUUCAGUCGGUUCUCGGUGUGGUCCUCAUACACAGAGCUCCCUGUCUGGUUUCUUCUCUUUUCUUUUUCAUGUCACACAGGUAACCUUCAGGACAGACCCCUCUGAAUCGCGCUUUGUAAAUACAUGUCAGGUGUAGCCACCACUGUUUUCCUUGCUGUUGUUUUUCCAAGUCUUGGAGAGAAAACAUCUUCCUCUGAUGGCCAAAGCCCUGGAAUAAAAGAUUUCCACGUCCCCCACCUAAUGCCCGACGUAGCUCUCGGUGUGCCGUCCUGUGCUGCGGCUGGCGGUGUCUCAGCACACCCACCUGAAAAGCCCCACACGCCCCGGGAGCAAUGAGCUCCUGUGUGUCCCUGAAACAGACAACCACACGCUGUUGGGGAGCAAAGGAUGGAGAUCCGCCUCUCCUCAUCCCCAACGCCAGCAGGGCAUCCCCGAGCAGGAGGCUGGCCGGGCUCCCCACGCAAAGGCGUUGGUGUCUGCCAUGCGGCGUGUGUCGGGGUGCGGCGGCGUGUGUUGGGGUGCGGCGCCGGCCGUCACAGGAUGCCGCUACGCGCCGAGAGGUGGCUGAAGCACCGCAGUCUGUUUCCGCGUCCUCAGUGGGUGUUACCUCUUGUGUGUGACCCAGUGUUCCUGCCUGUGAGUCGGCCUUACUCUGUCCGCUUCCUCAGCGCCCACGACAUGCCAAGUCCCAUUUCCCUCUCGGCUUCUCACCCGCCCAGCUCGGCCAGGGAGGGGGAGUUUUUAGCACCUAAUCCGCUUCCUGCCGCUGAGCAAUCUGAGCCUGAGCAACUGGAAACCCCCAUUUCUCAGCAGUGCAGUGUCAUGUCUGACCCCGGGAACCCUCGGAAAUAAAAGACAAUGCAUUAUCACA